AUGAUAUUCUUAAAAUUCAUCCUUAUUAUUGGUAUGUUAGUAACAAUUACAGAUGCACAAUGUUCAAUAGCUGGAGAUCCAAAAGAAGUUGUUAAAUGUGUUCAACACAUCACAUUAGUACUUUAUGGAGCUCUUGCAAAAGAUCUGAAAAUAAUAUGUCAAGUUGCCGCUGAUGUCUCAGACUGUUUAAGUACAGAAAUAAGCGACUGCGUUGAAGCAGAGAUUGGUAUAGCAGCUCUUAAUGAAGCUAAGCGACUUGCUGAAAACUGCUGUCCGGUCGCAAACAGUACAUCCUGUCCAAUACUAAGUGGUAGUCAUUUUGCCAUGAAUUCUUGUUUUGCUGCCGAUUCUCUCGUUACGUUAGUGAAUGGAAAACAAAAACAAAUCAUUGAGUUACAAACAGGUGAUACAAUUCUUGCUUAUGAUGAUAAAACAAAUAACCUUAUUCCUACAAAUGUACUUACAAUGCUUGAUUAUCAACCAAAACAAUACGCUGUAUUCAAACAAUUAACAACAGUUUCUGGUCGACAAUUAUUAUUGACUUUAUCUCAUCUUCUUCCAACUGAUAUUCAUGGUUAUGUUAUGGCAAAGAAUAUUCGCGUCGGUAUGAAUAUUUAUGUUAUGAAUGAUGACGGUUUAUUAGUUACUGAAACGAUAUCAAAUGUGAUCGAUGUUGUUAAACAAGGAUAUAUAGCUCCAUUGACACAACAAGGCACAUUGAUUGUUAAUAAUGUUGCAGCAUCUUGUUAUGCAACAAUCAAUAACCAUCAUUUAGCUCAUGUUGUAUUAGCACCUAUGCGUUGGUGGUAUGGUUUAUUUGGUGAAACAAAAGUAUCGGAUAAAACAAUUGGUAUUCAUUGGUUUCCAAAUAUGCUUUAUGAAAUGACAACAUUUUUAAUGCCUUCAAUUCUUCAGAACUAA